CGAGAGCCCUAGCCUUCCACCCCUCCUCUCUCUUUCCCCUCUCCAACCCGCCUCCCUCUCCGCGCCGCGCGCCUCCUCUCUCUCUCUCGCUUCCUCGCCUCCGCGCCGCGCCGCGCCGCGACACCGCCUCUGCCUCCGCGGGGGGAUGGAGCCGAGCCCGUACGGAGGCGUCGGGGGGAAGAUCCGGCGCCGCCCGGCGUCCCGCGCCGCCGCGACCCCCUACGAACGCCCACCGGCCGCGGCCGCCGCGCGCCGCCUCGCCGCCGCGGCGGCCGCGGCGGCGGCGGAGGCGGAGGACGCGUACCCGCCGCAGGGUGGUGGUGGUGGUGGUGGGUGGGUGUCGAGGCUGGUGGACCCGGCGUCCCGCCUCAUCGCCGGUGGCGCGGCGCGGCUGUUCUCGACGGUGUUCCGCAAGCGCCUCGACCCUGCGCCGGCUCCGGCCCCGCCGAAGUCCACGCCUCCCGGAAGCAAUAAUGAGCCAAACCAAGGCUUACCUGAGUCAACACAAACUGGUUCAAAACCAAUCCUCGAGAAAGGGAAGAACCCCACUGGUGCAUCGGACAAUAAGGCAUUGUCUGAAGUAGAGCACUUGUUAAUGAGGAAAACAUUCACAAGGGUUGAGUUUGACCGCCUUACAGACUUACUGCGUGCAAGAACUGUGGAGUCUGAUUUGUCUGCACCGGCAGAUAACCUUGAUAAUAAGAAUGAAGCAAGGAAUACAAUGGAUGGUAUAGGAGGCUCCACAUCACAUGGGAUGGCUGCAGAUCAUUCUAUUGCUGCUGAUGAUCCGGUUUGUGGUGCUAGUUCACCCGCAGAGCUCGCAAAGCAAUAUAUGAAUUCCCGUUAUUCGAAAGAAAACCGACCAAACAGUUUGCGGAGCCAAGUACUCCUGAAGAACAAGGCAGAAGCAAGCAACAUUGCCUAUGAUAGAAGGAGACCUGGAGGACCAUUUGUGCAAGAACUGAGUCAAUUUAGCAAUGAAAACUCUGAGCUUCCUGUGAAUGGCUAUGUAACUCCAGGAUUACAUGGGCGGUCAGCAAUAUAUAGAAUGUCCUGUUCCCCAUUCUUUAAGGGACCAAGCUCUUCCAAUGAUAUAAAUAUGUCACCAUUUUCAUCAUCUCAGACACGGGCUAAUAGUUUGGUUUCUGGCUGCAGGCAGGUCUUGAAACGAAGAGGUGCCGAAUUGGAGAAUGAGCUUGGAUCUAUUGGUCCCAUACGCAGGAUUCGCCAAAAGUCAAAUAUGAUGUCUACUUUUAGAGAUGCUCGCUCGAGCCCGCGAGGAAACUUUCUUCCCAGCCGUACAAUUGGUUCAGAUUUGACCGAUGGCGGUUCACCCAUUCGGGAUUCACCUAGUUCGAAAAGACUAUUGCUGGGGACGGGUCAAUCUGUGGAACCUGCAGAAGCACGUAGGAAUGAUGAAGAUGGUAAAAUUUCAAGUGAUAAUGUUCUUGCUGCGUCACCUCAAUCAAACAAGAUGGCUGAAAAGAUAUUUGAGCAGCUUAAUAUAAUAGUCCCAUCACCAAAAGAGAAGCUGUCUCUUCCACAAUUUGCUGCUGGGAAUGCAAGUUGCUCCAUGUCAAAACAACCUGUUAGGCAAGGCAAUGAGCCAAACGGGACGAGUGACCCUAGUAGUUCCCAGAAAUUUCAACCUAUGGAUAGUGUUAAGCAUUCCCUUGAUCCAGAACUGAAUGGUUCACCAUCGAGUAAAGACAAGCUGAGAAAAGAUGGAUCAUCAAAACUUCUGUCACAUUCAUUUAAGGAUUUAGGCAACAAAGACAUUAGGUCUGAUAAUGUUGCUCUAUCUUCAGUUGCCGCUACUACAUCAAGCAAACCGGGCUUUAAAAUGGCUGUUUUUGAGGAUCUACCAGAGUUUGAUGAUGACCAGGAGGCUCCUAUCCCAUCGAAAAAUUCAAUGGGCAAGACUGAGGUGAAGACAACUGAUAAAAAAAUUGAUCUGAAGAAGGAGCAGAAAGUUGAACCAAUUUUAUUCAAACAAAAAGUUGAGUCAAAUUCAGUGCAGAAGGCUGUCAGUUCUCCAGUUAGUGAAAAGCCUAUAGCAUCCGCAUUGAAAGAUGCCCGUCCAUUAGGCUUAUUUUCACCUAAUGACCCUGAAAACAGGGCUACUCAUGAUGUUCCUUCAGACAACAACAAUGGUUUCAAAUUUCCACAUGUACCUUCUGGCACCCUUCUGGAGAGUUCUGUGUCACAAUUGCCACUUGCUUCAAAUAAAGACGAUAAGCUGAUCAGUGCAUCAUCUUCUAUAUUUGGUCUCAAGCAGUCCAGUACACCAGAUUCAGAACAAACAAACACUGCUGAUGUAAAAACAGAAGCAAGACUUGGGGAGAGUGUCACCAAGCCCACAACAUUGGACAUCACUAAUUUGGAGGGAGGUAAUGAAAGAGAAAGAACAGAAGAUGUCCAUAAAUCAUCAGAUAAGGUAUUACCCUCGGCUGCUCCUUUCCACUUUGCAUCUGCUGCAUCAACUACAGCAAGCCUGAGCAAUGGUUUCUCACUGCCAUCAUCAUCAAAGUUAUCAAAUGUAACACCAAUUGAUAAGCCUGAAGUUAGCUUGGCUCCAUCCACUGUAUCGACCACAUUUGCUCCAUCCAGUACCAGCCCACCUGUUUCAUCUCCAAUCCCUGCAAUUCCGACAUUCAAUUUUGGUUCAAGCACUUCAAUGGUGGCAGCAACUAAAUCAGAUAGUACAAAUACAGUGGCAAAGCCAGCUAGCAGUUUAUUGUUCGGUACUGGGGAUGCUAUAGCUGAAGCCAAAUCUACUGCCCAGGAUACAGCCAACAAGGCAUCAUCAAAUCUAAGUACCACUCCUAUUUCUUCAAAUAUUUCAAGUUCUCCAGUCACAUCCUCUUCUGCUUUCUCAAGCAUAGCAACAUUUUCAUCUUCUAUGGUUGCAGCUUCAAAUGAUGGAAUUGCCUCAACUACUUCUGCCUCAACAGCACCUUUUACAUUUUCGAGCUCAGGAAACAACACUUUUGGGUUCAAUUCCCCAGCUCAACCUGCUGGUUUCAGUACAUCUGUUGAUGGCAGUACCACCCAACCAUCUGCCACCAGCACGAUCUUUGGUAGCAAACUGCCACAGUCAGAGGGCACAAUGUCGCAGCCAUCGAAGAGUUCACCUGUUCAGUUUAGUUCACCGUUUCAAACUGUGACCACUACCACAGGAGCUUCCUCGUCUGGGUCUGGAUCUGUAGCUUUCGGAGUAGGAACAGCCUCAACUGGUUCUGGGAUCACAUCUUUUGGAACCGGAGCAUCCUCAUCUUGGCCUAGCACAGUGUCUUUCGGAUUAGGAGCUUCCUCAUCUGGAACUGGUGCUCUGUUAUUUGGAGCGGGGGCUUCCUCAUCUGGAACUGGGGCUCUGCCUUUCGGAGCGGGAGCUUCCUCAUCUGGAACUGGGGCUUUAUCUUUUGGAGCAGGAGCAGGAACCUCCUCAUCUGGGCCUGGAACUGUGUCUUUUGGAGCUGGAACCUCGUCUGGGCCUGGAACUGUGUCUUUUGGAGUGACAACUUCCUCAUCCGGGUCUUUGUUUGGUAAUUCACCAUUUGGAUCAGGAACUACUUUCUCUGGCCCUGGAAGUGGAUUCGCAUUUUCAUCUCCUAGCUCUUCUGCUGGGUCAUCUUUAACUAUGGCCAGCACAAGUAUGUUCAGCACCAGUUCUACGGCUUCAUCAUCCCCUGCUUUCAGUAACCCAUUCGGUUCAAGUUCAUCACCUCCCAGCAUGUUUACAUUUGGCCAAUCGGCUUCUUCAGGAGGAGGUUUUUCAUUUGGAGCACAGUCAUCUCCAGCUUUCUCCUCACAAGCUCCAGUUUUUUCAUUUACCUCAGCAAGCAUGAAUUCAUCUACUCCGCAGCCUGCUUUUGGGAUGACAAAUGCCAACACAUCCUUCGGCAUGGGAUCUCCUGGAAAUGAUCAGAUGAAUGUCGAAGACAGCAUGGCAGAUGACACUAACCAAGCAGCACCAGCACCAGCACCGAUAUUUGGUUCCUCACCAUUUGGGCAGCCUGCUAGUUCACCCGCUGCUCCAGUAUUUGGUGCUCCAGCAGUCCCGUCCGCCGGAGUUUUCCAGUUCGGGGGCCAACAAGGUUCCAUGCAGCAGAAUGCGGCAUUCCCGCCUGCCGGUGGUAGCCUAGAGUUUCAGGGUGGGAACUUCUCUUUGGGAAGUGGUGGCGGAGGCGGCGACAAAUCUAGCAGAAGGGUGAUCAAGGUCAAAAGGAACCCAAAGAAAAGAUAAGACGCUCUGUUCAAAUGUGCAUUUCAUGGUGCCAUUUUGGAUCUGCCUGGCAACAUGUCCAUCACCCGGCUGGCUUGUAAACCCCAAGGUCAGGUGCCGCCGGUGAAGCGCGUCUCCAGCGCCGGGCUGCUCGUCGGCUCGGUGCUGAAGCGCAAGACGGAGAGUCUCAAGGACAAGUACAGCCUGGGGCGGAAGCUCGGGCAGGGGCAGUUCGGGACGACGUACCUGUGCGUGGAGCGCGCCACCGGCAAGGAGUUCGCCUGCAAGUCCAUCCUGAAGCGGAAGCUGGUCACCGACGACGACGUCGAGGACGUCCGCCGCGAGAUCCAGAUAAUGUACCACCUCGCCGGCCACCCCAACGUGAUCUCCAUCAGGGGCGCCUACGAGGACGCCGUCGCCGUGCACCUCGUCAUGGAGCUCUGCGCCGGCGGCGAGCUGUUCGACCGGAUCGUCCAGAAGGGGCACUACACCGAGCGGAAGGCGGCGGAGCUCGCCAGGGUCAUCGUCGGCGUCGUCGAGGUGUGCCACUCCAUGGGCGUGAUGCACCGUGAUCUCAAGCCCGAGAACUUCCUCUUCGCCGACCAGACGGAGGAGGCCGCUCUCAAGACCAUUGACUUUGGUCUCUCCAUUUUCUUUCGCCCAGGUCAAGUAUUCACUGAUGUUGUUGGUAGCCCUUACUAUGUCGCGCCAGAAGUUCUGAAAAAGAAAUAUGGUCAAGAGGCAGAUGUCUGGAGCGCUGGUGUGAUAAUUUACAUCUUGUUGUGUGGUGUGCCGCCAUUUUGGGCAGAGAACGAGCAGGGUAUAUUUGAAGAGGUUUUGCAUGGUAGACUUGACUUUCAGUCAGAACCAUGGCCUAGCAUCUCUGAAGGUGCCAAAGAUCUCGUAAGGAGAAUGCUUGUUAGGGACCCGAAGAAGAGAUUGACAGCUCAUGAAGUUUUAAGGCAUCCAUGGGUCCAGGUUGGUGGUUUGGCUCCUGACAAGCCCCUGGAUUCUGCUGUUCUAUCUCGUAUGAAGCAAUUCUCAGCUAUGAAUAAGCUGAAAAAGAUGGCUCUUAGGGUCAUUGCAGAGAACCUAUCUGAAGACGAAAUCGCCGGCCUGAAAGAAAUGUUCAAGAUGAUCGACACAGACAACAGUGGACAGAUCACCUUCGAAGAACUCAAGGUUGGUCUGAAAAAAGUCGGUGCUAACCUCCAAGAAUCCGAGAUCUACGCACUCAUGCAAGCCGCAGAUGUAGAUAACAGCGGCACGAUAGAUUACGGUGAGUUCAUCGCUGCAACUCUGCAUAUGAACAAGAUCGAGCGGGAGGAUCACCUGUUCGCGGCGUUCCAAUACUUCGACAAGGACGGCAGCGGCUACAUCACGGCCGAUGAGCUGCAGCUCGCCUGCGAGGAGUUCGGCUUGGGAGACGUUCAGCUCGAGGAGAUGAUCAGAGAAGUCGACGAAGACAACGAUGGUCGCAUAGAUUACAACGAGUUCGUGGCGAUGAUGCAGAAGCCGACGAUGGGGCUCCCGGCGAAGAAGUCCGGCGGGCUGCAGAACAGUUUCAGCAUCGGCUUCAGGGAGGCCUUGAGGAUGUCUUGAGAAACAGCCACUAGAGUCAGUCACACACUUGUAGAGGCGACGACAACGAGAUCGAUAUGUUGUCUUCCAUAGGGCUGGUAAUUUCGAAACGGGGAAAAAAAUGGCUGGAGGAGAUGUGCGUGUACGUACAGGCGUAGAGGGGGGUGGGUCACUCUUGGGUCAUUGGUUCGAUUGUUUUCUUCUGACGUUAAAAAUACAAGAGAGGUUUUUCGUUCCUCGCCGCCACCGUCGUUCAUGUGAUAAUCCUUGGCCCCCUCGAUCCCCUGCGCGCGAUGCCAUUCUGGUGCGUGAUUUCGCCGUGUGCUACCGUGUUUUCGGCGGGCGGAGCGGACGAACGCGCUGUACCGUCCAACCGCGCGGCGUGUGCUGCAAAGCGCGCAAUCGCUCGUAAUAAAACGGAGCUCCGAUCGCGAGGGCAAACGCCGUGUGGGGGACAAGGGCAGACACGUGAAAUGAAGCCGUUUUUUGUCCUUCCUGGGUUAUUACUUCCACUUCUUUCUCCCAGCGGAGCGGCACGUUGGUUUCGGAGGCCGUGGCACUGUCGCUUUGCCCAUCAAUCCGCCCGCCCACGGGCGCAGAUGCAGAGAUACUACUGGACUGCUACGACUAGUACCCGUUGCGCUGCACGUCCUGCCGGGACCACCACCAGACUCUGACCUUCUGCACGUUGUAGUAGUGUUUAGCGUUUACUGUAACUCUCUGAAGAUGAAUCUACCACUACAAGGCGAUCACCUGAUGCAGUGGUGGGCAAGUUAUGCUUCCUUGCUAGUACAGUAUUAUAGCAACCUGCAACCUCA